AAUGCAGCUUGUCUCUGAUCUGAUGUGUGAAGACAGUCCUCUGCAAUGGGAAACACCUCUGGGUUGAUCUGGUAAUUCGGUAGUGUAUGCUCAAGCCCCACAACAAAGCCUAAUCACCUCAUCGUUGUUUCGAGCUCACAAAACAGAAGAUGCCAAUACAGUAACGCAAAAAGGCAAAGAUGCUGAUUUAGGAGAUGUUAGUACAGCUUCAGUGCAGCGUCAGGACAGCAGCUCCAGGCCUCAGAACACAACAUCUUGUUCCUGACCAGAAUGGAGAAAGUCACUUACUGUGAGACGUGUGAUGCUGCAGACGGGCCUCGAGGAGGAGUGUGUGAGCACUCUUUAGCUGCAGCUUUGAGACCAGGAGUCAUCAUGCAUUUCUCUGAUGUGCUCUUUAUUUGGAUUGUGGCAUUGGGAACAUCUGAACUGAGCUCUGCAGGACCUCUUCAUGCACAGUGCAAAGUCGAGUGGUACUUCAGUCUGCCUUGCAGGAGUGUGUCUGAAUCUCUGGUCACACAGAUCAAGAAGUGGAGAACAUUCUCAACGUGCGCCACAGGAGGAGAGAAAUGUCUCUACAAGUUGCAGUCAGCAUCGACGCACUUCAUUUCCGCCAAACACACAACGCCAGUGAAGAAAUAUGUUGAUGACAUCAACUUCAGACUCACCUCCUAUGGGUUUUUUACACACUGUCAUGUAUCUGCCAUGUCAGUGUCAGAGACCUGGUAUGCCAUCACUGAUCACGGCACUAACUACUGUAACCUUUACAAUUUGAUUGAAGGAAGUGGAUUGACUGAAGCUCCAGGAUAUAAAGAAAUCACCAGUGACUUCCUGUGCACUCAGCGCUCAUCUGCUAACUGUACCAUUUACUGAGACAUCUUUAUAUAUAUUUUAAAAUCAUUUCUGGAUGUUUGUACCUGUAGUCUAGUAGAAUUAGAAAUAAGGUCAUGACAAUAGUCAUACAAUUGAAAAUAAAAGUACUUUUAAUCAA